GUUAAAACCAAAGAGAUACAGGUAAACUGGCGGACGAGAGUCGUAAUAUUCCAGGCGGCUGUGAAGCUUUGACGGUCCGUUGAAAACCAGCCGUUUGUAAAUUCAAGCGUUUAGCGGAGUUUACGAAUUUAAGCGGUGUGAACCAAGCUGGGGGGCAGUGAUGGAGAAUGGGGAGGUAAAGGCCCCGGUGUGCUCCAGGCAGGCCAAGGGGGGGACAGGAAAGGAGGGCCCACCCACACAAAAGGCCCCCAAGCCCCGGAGACCCCGCUACGGGGACAAGCACAAGAAGAAAAAGAACCCGGCGAACCCAACCAAGGAAGGAGGCUGUGAGGCUGGGGAAACCGCAGGCUCCGACUGCAACGGCACCAUGGAACCUGGAGCUGAUGGCGUCUCCCAGAGGCACGGGAGCGAAGACGGCAGGCCGGGCGAGGGGCCUGGUCCGGCCGGGGAUUUCCAGCAGAACACAGCAGAGGCAGAAGCACCCCAAGGGGGGGCGGGCACCCCUGAGGAAGAGGGAGAGAGCUGGGACACCCUGUUCAACGACGAUGGCGACUGUCUGGACCCGCACCUGAUCGAGGAGAUCUCAUUGACGGAGGGGAAGAAGAAGAAAUCCAUCCAGGAUCCACAGUUCGACUACUACAACUACGCCGUGGAGCAGGAGGUGGAUCUCUUUGAGGACGAGAUGUCCCACAUCUUGGAGAUAUAUGACUUCCCUGUCGAGUUCAAGGUGGAGGAUCUGAUGCGUGCCUUCCAGCUCUACCAGCAGAGAGGCAUUGACAUCCAGUGGGUGGAUGACAGGCACGCCUUGGCGCUGUUCUCCAGUCCAAUAACAGCCAAAGAGGCCCUGAGGUCGAAGCACCCGAUGGUGAAGCUGCGAUCCCUGUCGCAGGCAUCCCCUGCCAGCAAGGCCAAGGCCCGCCAGUGCUCAGACGACGUCCUGCCUGCCAAGGAGCGACCACAGACCAGUGCCGCUCUUGCCCGUCGCCUGGUGACCAGCGCCUUGGGUGUGAAGAGCAGGCAGACCAAGGAAGAGCGGGAGGCGGAGAGGAAGAAGCUGCAGGAGGCACGAGAGCAAAAGCGCUUGGCAGCGAAGCAGAGAGAGGAUGCCUGGGAGGGGAAGUGAAGCAGGAUGGAUGGAUGAGAAUGAAGACGCCCCCGCCCCCCCCAAAUACCCAACAAACUGCCAGUGAGCCCCUCACCGACCCCCCCCCCC